AUGGAUUUAAUGGUGGUAUAAGGAAAAUGUUAAAUGUGUAGUAUAAUUGAGAAUCAAAUUGACACUAAAUUACCACACUAUAAGGUCUAAUUGUAUAUUGAUGUUUAUGGUUAUCAUACUAUAGAUGGUAAUGAGGAUAUUAAGGUGAGUAUAUUAGACAAUAUUUAUACUAAAUCUACUCAUCUAAAUCCAUAUAGUUAUGGUUAAAAAUUAAAUUAGUGUAAUAAUUAUAGUGGAAAGAUAAUUCGUUAAUCCAUCUUUACAGAACUUAGCCAUACUCAAGAAUAAGUGAACCUUUAAAUACAGAGUACAGCUAAUUAAACUUUAACAGACGAAUCCUACUUAUUUAGAAAUGUUUAACUGAUUUUAUAUAGAUGUUACAAAACCUGUAAGACUUGUUCAGGUGAUGGUAAGCAAUAGUGUUUAAGUUGUUAUAGCAAUAUAGUUAUGAGUGCUAGUAACACUUGCGAUUCUUGUAAGGGUUAGAAUGGUUAAAAUUUCCUUUAAAUUCCAGAUGGAUGUCUAUCUCAAUGUGCUAACAAUUAAGAUUAUGAUGAAGAUAAUUAUGUAUUAGUACCUCAAGAAAAAUGCGAAAUUGAUUGCAAAAAAUGUACUAAUACACAAAGUUGUUUAGUUUGCAAACCCUAAAAAUAUCUCUACUUCGGGUAAUGCAUGGAUCAAUGCCCAGAAUACACUAGAGUAUAAGGGGAUAAUUGUUUAAGCAGCAUCGAGAGUAUUUUAAAGAUGAAAAAUUUAAGGAUUACACAAUUAUUCAAAGAAUUUCACGAUCUAUCAACCACAAAAGUGACUACUAAUGAGCAUUUUUCAGUUAUAUUAUCAAAUAAUGAUAAUAGUUUCAAAAAAGGUUUUGAUAUUUAUUAUAGUUACUUUGCAAGUAAAAGGAUAUUUGGUGGACCUUUGGUUUGGGUUAAUGCUAAAUUUAAAUUUACUUAAAGUUGGACCUAAGAGUUCCAAUUUAUUAGAAUAUUUUUUGAAGUUAUUUUAGGGGAUAUUAAAUUAAGUUCUGCUAAACUUACAUAUAAAUUAAAUGAUCAAUAAUUGGAAAAAAUAACUUUAAAUUAAAAUUAUUCAGGAAGUAAUCGAAACAUUGAAGAUCAAAUAUGGCCAAACGAUUAUAAAUUCAAUAUAUAUAAGGUGGAUAAAACCUUAAAGUACAUAAUAUCAACUAAUAAGUAAUUAACUAUGGAGAUUGAAUGCUCAAACGAUAAUAAUCUUGGCUUUUGUGGAAUUUAGAAUAUGGUUGUAGUUGGACAUUUUGAUUGCGAACCUGAAUAUAAUUUUGAUAGUUUUAAUUAUGAGACUGGUAGAAAUCCUUGUAUUUCAAUUUGUGGUGAUAAAAUAAUUGUUGGAGACGAGGAAUGUGAUGAUGGUAAUAAUGAUCCAUUUGAUGGGUGUUUUAAUUGUAGAUACUAAUGUGAGGAAGAUUGUGAUAAUUGUGUAUAUGGUUACUGCAUACUAAAAUAUACUAAAUAAAAGGAUUUAUAACUCAAGGGAGAUAGUGUGGAAUAUAAAUUAACCUAUAAUUAGGAUGUUAUUUAAUUACCUUGUAUAUUUCAAUGUAAUAUAUGUAUAAGCAAUCUUUGUCUGCAAUGUAAUUAUGGGUACUAUUUAAACACAAUUAACAAUAUAUGUGAGACUUUCUGUGGAGAUUCUAUUUAAUAAGGUAAUGAGAAGUGCGAUGACGGUAAUUCAGACAUCUAUGAUGGUUGCUAUCAAUGUGAAUUGAUAUAAUAUGAUAAAUGUGAUAAAGAAUUUGAAAUUAAAAAUAAUCGCUGCGCUUACUGCUAAUUUGGGAAAUGUUUAAAAUGCAUGGAUGGAUUUCUAUUAGAUGGUGAUAUUUGCAUUUCAGUAUGUGGAGAUGGUUUACUGAAUCUAAUAGAGGAAGAAUGCGAUGUAUAAGCUGGGGAUGGAUGUAGGGAUUGCAAAAUAUAGGAUGGUUAUGUUUGUGGGAAAAAAGACUUUUCAACCUGUUAGACAUGUGAAAUAGAAUGUUCUUAAUGUCUAAGUUUAGAUAAGAUCAAUUUGAUUUGUAAAUCAUGCGUUGAUGGUUACUUUCCUGUGGAUGGGAAAUGUCAAUUAUGCGAUUCAAAUUGUAUCACUUGCUAAUAACAAUCUAAUUUAUGUACGUCCUGUUAUAGAGGUGAUUGUGAUUUCUGUGAAACAACCCCUGGUCUUUUUGCAAAUAAAAAAACUAAGAAAUGCGAUUCUAUUUGCGGUGAUGGAAUUACUAGUUGA